AUGGCUAAUCCGAAGGUGGAACAUAUGGAAGCUGCAAAACGGAUUUUGUGUUACGUUAAGGGAACUUAUGAUUAUGGGAUGGUGUAUGCAAGAGAACCAAAAGGAAAAUUGAAGGUAUUCACCGAAAACAACUAUGCAAGAGACAUAGAAGAUCAAAGGAGUACACCUAGGUAUGUAUGUCUACUUAGAAAUGCUGCUAUUUGUUGGAGCUCUCGGAAACAAGAUAUCACAACACUAUCCUCGACAGAGGUUGAAUACGUGGCAGUCACAAACUGUGCCUGUCACUGUGUAUGGUUAAAGGGGUUGUUAAAGGAGCUAGAAGAAGUCACUGAAACAAUUGAGGUUUGGUGUGACAACAUGUCUACAAUCAAGCUUGCUAAGAAUCCCGUCAUGCAUAAGAGAACUAAGCACAUUGAUGUGUAA